CGUGAACUUAAGCACGUGACUCGUCUUCUACUCUGUCUUUUCAAAAAAGCUCUGUCGAGGUCAAGGAGAAGGCGGGGAAUACAAAAACAAACUCUGUUCCUGUUGAGGAGAUUUUGGUGAAUUUUUGUGAGUGUCGUGAGAACAAGAAUAUGAACGGGGUAUCCUCAAAUCUAUCUAUAAUUGGGCUCAUGACUAUACGUGUAUGAUGUAGGUAAUUGUGCUUGUGAUCUCUAUGAUUUCAAGCUUUCUCUUCACCUUACACAAUGUAUUUGCCAGGAAAAAUGAUUGGAAAAGACACCUACAACCACGACCCUCCAUGUCAAAAAAGAUAAUUACGAAAAAAGGGUUUAGCUUUCAUACACUUCAAGAUUACGACUUCUCACGUCCUACCUCAACGGAAACGAAGAACGCUGCUCCAAAGUAAGCAUCUUCUUUUUUUUGUCCCGCCAUAGACUAACAGACCAAAAAUUGAAGAUGUCCCGUCUUUUGAAAGCGUGCAUUGUGGCGGCUGCCUCUGCGGAGGGCCUUAAGCUGGCGCCGCCUUCCCGGAUUAUGACCAGGCCUUUCCGGAUUAGGACCAGGGCAGAGCACGAGCAACAAAUGUUAUGGUUUUCCACUCUUCAGCUGAACGAAGAUAGUGGUACAGUAGAGUAAGUAGAUAGACGAAAGUACUGGUAAGAAUUAGUACCCAAAUCCAUACAAUCAUAACUGAGAAAACUGCUGUAACAAACUGGAUCUUCAUAUAUAUAAUUAGUUAAGAAUGAAGCUUCAGGCGCGUAUUUUUCGAUCUGCCUCAGGCCAUGAAAUGUUGGUAGUUGGUCGUGUAAACAAGUUUUUGGAGAUUUUCUUCGACAGGUUCAUAGGCAAUUUUUAUUGCGCCUCAGCAGACGGAGACUAUAAGUAAAAAUGGACGUCACAUGUAUCCGGUUUAUUGCGAGUAUUUUCACAGUAAAAUUUUACUUCUAAAGAAGCUAAGCAACCGGAAAGACGAAAAGUGCUCCGGGCUUGACCCGGAAUUUCUUCAAAUGGCCUGUGGGACAGCCAACGUGAGUAAGCCCGAUGGUGUAAUCACUGAGGACAAACAAAUCCAGAAUGUGAAAGAGCUCUUUGACGAAAACGCAGAACACGACGAGAACGAGAAAGUGAAGAGAAUGAUUGCUCUGGCUCAACAGGCUUGCUGCCCGGAGAAAGCGGGAGGCUGCUGCUAGAGGAGGCGACGAAGCCCUCAGUGAUGAAUGAAGGCGAACGACGAAAGAAUAUAAAUGAAAGCACUCAUAUUGCCAUUGCGAUUGUUGGUCUUGAUCGUUAAGAAAAUCCUUCGUGUGCGGGUGAAAUAGUUAGAUGGAUAAGGAAUUAGAAUUAAUGAAACAAAAACGCUGUAUUUCAACUUCAAGUCAGAGAGUAGAAGAAUGCUACUAAAUUCUAAACAAUAUUAUUGAAUAACAAGAACAAGAUGAUUCAUAGAAAUUAAGAAUAAAUACAAUUAAAGAGGUCCUCUGAGGUCAGAUCUGCUUCUUCGAUGAGCCUGAAUUUCAUGAUGAGUUAAGCCAUUUUGUUUUUCACACCCAAAGAUCGGCAGCAGGUCAACGAUCCGAAAUAUAAUUCCAACGAAUACUUACACAGAUAAGUGGUCCAUGUAAAUGGAUAUUGAAGAUGGAUGAAGCCCAAGCCUUGACUCGUUGUAGCGGCAAGACUCUUGUUAGGCCAAACGUUCGCUCACUUCUUCCCAAGAAUUACAUCAAUUUAUUGGUCAAGAAAACAAAAAAUCUGUCAUCUGAUGAAUAUUUAGGUAACCUCCACCUCAUCUGAUGAGUAUUUAGGUAGCAGGAACUUGGUAACAUUUUCCCCUCUGGCUUAGUCUUAGAGGUGUGCUGCAAAUCUUCACUGGCUUCUUCCUUUGUGUUUAAGAAUGAGGCUUCGCUCCAGCGACGCGAUAAGGCUCGAAGAUCCCAGGCAAAUGAUCCCCAUGAGGCCGAUGAUGCCAUGAACCUCAAAACCUUGCAAACUCUUGCAUCUUGUAGCAUUCCGAU